GUAUGUUUCGGAACUUGAAAAAGAAUCUUUCUUUCCAAGACGCUGCCUCCCAUACUCUCGUUAUUAGACAUAUGGCCAAAGUGAUCACGGACAUAGACAGUGACACAAGUCAUCUUUCAUUGGCCCUACUCAAAAAUGGCGGUAGUAUAAGACUUACGGGCCAUAGGUCGGUUGUAACCCGGAAGUACCUUUCUAAAGGAUGGGGUGGUGAAGCCAUCCGGAAGUGGAUAUAAUGAAGAGGUGCCACUUGGCGGCCAUGGCAGCUGUAGUAUCGGUGGCUCCGGGUCAAGGCCCAGCGGAGUGGAGUAAUAUGGGCAGCACCGGGUAUAGGGCAGGGACAGCUUUGUAUCAGCUUCGCUGUUGAACCCCUAAGAGCGAUUGUUAGAGACCUGCAGGACUCCUUUCCCCAUUCUAGACUCGGAGGAGAGUUUGCCGGGACUGGUGGGCUGGUCCCAGCCUGGGGGGAUCACUGGUGUGGCUGCCCCAGGGAGAUAGGGGCGUCCGGAGAACGAACAAGUUCGGUUGGGUUUUCCUCAUUUUCCUGCUGCCGCCUGGGACGUUGUCUGUGGAGAGAGCGGGCCCAUUGUGGCCACCUUCAUUCCGACAAUUGAGGAAAUCGCUCAUUCGCAUAUUUCCCCAUUGACUCUUCCCGUCUCUAACUGCUAACCCACGGGAAUCCAGUGAUUGACAUCUGAAAAUACGGGGGCUGGGACCUAAGAUUGCUGAAAGUUCUCUCUGGUGCUAAUAUCAGCGAAAAGGGGCUGUUUCCAGGUACGUUCAAGAGAAAGGUGUCUCGUGAACACAUCUGCUGGUGGGGAGGACGAAAGAACUGGAAAGUCCACUUGUUCUCUUGGAAUCACCACACGCAUUUGAGAACCUAAGCACCCUUUGAAGCCACUGAAAAUUUGUAGACUGGUGGUGGUGGGUGAAUAAAGGAGGGCAGAAUGGAUGAUUUCAUCUCCAUUAGUCUGCUGUCUCUGGCUAUGUUGGCGGGAUGUUACGUGGCUGGAAUCAUUCCCUUGGCUGUUAAUUUCUCAGAGGAGCGACUAAAGCUGGUGACUGUUUUGGGUGCCGGCCUUCUCUGUGGAACUGCACUGGCGGUCAUCGUGCCUGAAGGAGUACACGCACUUUAUGAAGAUCUUCUUGAGGGAAAACAUCACCAAGCAAGUGAAACACAGAAUGUGAUUGCAUCAGACAAAGCAGCAGAAAUACCAGUUGCCCAUGAACAUGAGCACAGCCAUGACCACACACAGCUGCAUGCCUACAUUGGUGUUUCCCUCGUACUGGGCUUUGUUUUCAUGUUGCUGGUGGACCAGAUUGGCAGCUCCCAUGUGCAUUCUACUGAUGAUCCAGAGACAGCAAGGCCUAGCAAUUCCAAAAUCACCACCACGCUGGGUCUGGUCGUCCAUGCUGCAGCUGACGGUGUUGCUUUGGGAGCAGCAGCUUCUACUUCACAGACCAGCGUCCAGUUAAUUGUGUUUGUGGCAAUAAUGCUACAUAAGGCACCAGCUGCUUUCGGGCUGGUUUCCUUCUUAAUGCAUGCUGGCCUGGAGCGGAAUCGAAUCAGAAAGCACCUACUGGUCUUUGCCCUAGCAGCGCCAGUUAUGUCCAUGGUGACGUACUUAGGACUAAGUAAGAGCAGUAAAGAAGCGCUUUCAGAGGUCAACGCCACUGGAGUGGCCAUGCUUUUCUCUGCCGGGACAUUUCUUUAUGUUGCCACAGUACACGUCCUCCCUGAGGUGGGCGGAAUAGGGCACAGCCACAAACCCGACUCCACUGGAGGGAGAGGCCUCAGCCGCCUGGAGGUGGCAGCCCUGGUUCUGGGUUGCCUCAUCCCACUCAUCCUGUCAGUAGGACACCAGCAUUAAAUGUUCAGGUUCCAGCCUCAGUCCUUGGCCAUUUGCCAUCCAGUGAGAACAGCCGGCACAUGAUAGCUGCUCAUGUCCUCGGUCUUCUUGUCUCGCCUUGCCCAUCUCACCUGUAUUCCUAGAGUCCGGAGGGAGGUGAGAUUAAAACCUGGAGUAACGGAAGGCUUUUAGGGUAGAAACAACAUAAUCCGAUUGGAUAUGGACAUUCCGUCUUAUUGUCUUUUAAAAGGCCCUUGGCAUUUUGAGUUGUGAUGUUUCUCUUAACCCUAUUCUCAGGGAAGAUGGAAUUUAGUUUUAAGGAAAAGUGGAGAACUUCAUACUCACAAUGAAAUAGUAAUUAUGAAAAUACAGUGUUCUGUAAUUAAGCUAAAUCUCUUUCUUAGUUUAGAGGCCCUGCCACUUUAUCUAUUGGUUUUUAACAUGGUUCUCACCGUGUAAGACUGGUGCUUUAGCAUCUCUGCUGCAUGCCUUGAUAGAAGGUCGUAAUGCCUACUGUCUUAGAUGCUGAAGAUAAUUGUAGUAAAUUUGGGGCUAGAGUCAAGAAAAUGACAGCAAGACACAUUGAAAGCUGACUUUAUAUUCAAGAGAGAUGUCCACUGAGAAGGGAUGUCUGGAGAGACUCUAACAGCUCCUUGUGCGCAGGCCUCUCUAGAGAGCCUGCGCUUCCAUCCAUCCCAUGGGGCGGCAGAGGUAGCCUAGCUUCUCAAGAGGUGACCAGUGUUCUCUAGCGUUUCUUUUUAAGUUCUCCUUUGCAGAAUACCUGCCUCCAACACAUUCUUCUAGAGGAGCCAAGUUCUAGUAGGUUCAGGCCUAGGCUUUCCUUCAAGAACAGUCAGAUCCCAAAGUAUCUUUGGAAAUUAAGAGAUGUUAAAUUUUAAGUGAAUUUGGAUAGUUACUGACAUCUUUGUAGUAACCUUUUUGAACGUAAGAUUACCAAAACCUAUGUUGUCCCUUUUUUUCUUUUUAAGUAUUUAUCUUAGCAGACCAGCAGUCCUUCUGGCAAAAUACAUGGUGCCCCUUGGGGAGUGCUAGGUCAGCCUCACAUAAGCACCUGUAGCAGUGAAGAAAGUCAAGAUAUAUCACAAAUGGGAAGUGUUUGCCUGCUGAUUUAAAGCUUAUUAAAUCAUGUCUCUUGUCUCUUCAUCUUUUCUUUUCCAUGCUUUUCUCCUGAGUUUUCCCUCCAGCUCCAACUCCCUACAGUUUGCUGCUUACUGCUGGUGGUGAUGUUAAUAUUUGUGUGAGUUGAGUUCUCAUCAGGACAACCACUUCUUGAACUGUGAUGAUGAAGAUAAUAUUGUCUCUAUUCUUUAUUCCCUUCGGUGAAGUUACCUUUGUGUCAAAUGCAGCUUUGUUAAGCCCUUAAAAUCUCACUUCCUCAUGUGUGAUAUGACACAAUCACUAAUAUUCUGGUAAUUUACACAAUUGAGAUAGUAAAAGUGUUAAACAAACUAGGAUAAAUUUUCCGUAUUUGCCAAAAUCCCUGUAAACUUUGUGUUAUCAAAUGUGUGUAAUAUUGUAUUAUUAAUUUAUUUUGAUUUUCUGUACCAUUUCAAAACACAUAACAUAAAGAAGGAAUCAAGACUAUUUUCUUCAGGGCAGAGGAUUUAGGAGUUUGUAAAAUGUUUUAUGUGACACUUAAGCCAGCAUGUCUACAACUUCUUCAUUUCCUUCCUGGAUUCAUCACUGGGUCAGCAGCUGUGGAAGUAGAACUCGCAAGCCCUCUGCUGGCUGUAGACCAAAGUAGCAUUAAUAGGGCACGGUUUUGUAUAGUGGCUGGCAACCAUGGCGUACAAAAUGAAGACCAACAGAAGGUACAGCAUGGAAAGUGUCAGUGACUUUCCUGAUAACAACUCUGACUUAUGAGAGCCCCGGGGUUUCAUCUGGUCCUUCAGAAUGACAUGGUUGCCUUGAUUCUCCCUAGAAAUUUACUUUGUUAAAUAAAUAGCACAUUUUAGUGUCUGGUUUGGUUUGGAUAGUAGCACUUUCUGCCAUAUCGUUGUGUGCAAUGAUCCGACCUUUGUUCUGCUGGCCAAAGCCUCUUUCAGCAGUGCCUUGCCAUCACUGAAAAGUUGGGCUAGACUAUCUUGCUGGGUAGGGCCUUGAGCUCUGGCAAGGACUGAACCUUCUAAUUUCCAAAUUUGCCUUCCCCUCUGGACCUCACAUUAACAAGCAAAACUUUCAAGACCUAUCAGCUCUCGGAAGCUGUGGGCUUUCCCAGACUUUAAAGCUGCUGCCUCAGGAACUGCUCACUUCUUUCCUGGUCAGCAGGCAGAAAUAGCCAUACUAAUCUCAUAGGGCUCAAAUGCAUCUUCAGGCAGCAGGGAACUGAGCAGCGUGGCAGAGGCCUCCUUCCCUGGGAGAAGAACUUGCCCAUGGUGGGCAGUGUUCCAGGAGAGGCCACAUUGAUGGUCACUUAUUGACACAUUUCAGUUCCAUUUUCCCCUUUUUAAAACUGCCUCCUUAGAUGUGGAUGCCUUAAUGCUCUCACACCUUUGAAAACAUUGGCAAUACAUAAGUUGCUGCCAUGAUUACAAAUGGAAUUAUUGGCUACCAAAGAGAUGCAAUUGAUGAUGAAAAGCAUGGUCCUUCCUUCCUCCUAACCAAAGUUAAUCUUAAUUGCAAUUUGACUCUCUUUCCUUGGUGGGAAUAGUUUCUUCAGAGUCUGAGUGUUCUCUUAAAUGGCAAAUUAAGUUGAAAAAAACUACUGAUCCGUUCCCCUCACUUGUUCUCCAGUGAAUUGCUUAUCAGUUCCCAUUUCCCUGAAGCAGCGAUGUUCCAGGUCUGAUGACUUUCCUGUUCACGCUGCUGCCAGAUUUCUUUUUUUAGGCAAAGGCUCUGCACUGGAGUGUAGAGAGUUGGAAACGGUACCACCUGCAGAGGCUAUGUGUUCUCUCUUCCCUUCAUCACCAUUUUAUUUCCCUAUUCAAAACAGCCCAGUUAGCCCUGUUCCUGUAUUUUGAAUCACUAGACAAAAGAGAGAGGUGGCCGUUUUGAGUCGUCAGUUCUUUGUAGAAAGGAGAAAAUGUAAUUGUUUGUUUUUACCAGCCUACUUCUAAGUGUCGCUGCCUGGUUUUUCUCUUUUUCAAGGAUUAGAACUAGGAAGACACACCAGCAUUGGAGUGUACUAAGCCCCUCAGAUCAUGGUAGCUAGGUACUGAACAUGGGAACUGUAUUGUCAAUGGCACAAGCCCCCAAAGAAUGUUCCUGCCUAGGGCGCCUGUGGGCCUCUUGGGAGACUGAGAAAAUGACUAGAUUCAUCCCAGACUGCUGCAGGGUGAGGUGAGAACCUCUGUAGGUGUCCUACAGGGGAACCUUCCUUGCAUGAGAAAAUUUCUGCUCAAUACAGCAUGGUCCCCAUCAACCAAAGAGCACUGUUGGAGAUGCUGUGAAAUUAAGACCAAUGGUGGAACCAGAGACAUCUCGAUUCACCUCAGGAGACCUGAGGGAAAUUUAUGACUUGUAGAAAAGGACAAGACAACCAUUAGGAAUUCUCUAGAUAGGCCCAGCCUAAUAGAAGGAGAUCAGCUUUGAUUUUUAUUUCUGAUAGCAUCUUCUAGCAAGUUGGAAGUCUCGUGGGAUAACACUGCAGUUCCCCUGCUUCAGUAGCCUGAGCGGUGAUUUUAAAUGUCCCUUUUCCUGGAUCCUUUGUAAACAUGAAAUCAUUCCAUGGAUGGCUGCCUUAUAAUUUUGUCUCUUUCCACUUUAAUUGUGAAUGGUUAAAAAAUGUUUUUGCUGUUUUCUGAUUUGUUUUCUGAUAUUAAAUUUUUAUUAGUGCA